AUGGCCGCCAUCUGGGAGAACAACGGGCAAGUGGGCCAGUUCCCACUGGAGCAAUGGUUCUACGAGAUGCCUCCCGUGACUCGAUGGUGGACCGUCGCCACCGUCGCAACCUCCGUACUGGUGCAGUGCCACGUCGUGACUGCAUACCAGCUCUUCUACAGCUUCCGCUCCGUGUACGCCAAAUCCCAGUACUGGCGACUGCUCACCACAUUCCUCUACUUUGGCCCCCUGAACCUCGACCUCUUAUUCCAUGUCUUCUUUCUACAGCGCUACUCGCGCCUCCUGGAGGAAUCCUCCGGCCGCUCCCCCGCACACUUCGCCUGGCUGCUCUUCUACGCCAUGUCCUCGCUGCUGCUGAUGUCGCCGUUCCUGUCGCUGCCCUUCUUGGGCACGUCGCUCUCCUCGAGUCUGGUGUACAUCUGGGCGAGGCGGAACCCGGAGACUCGGCUGAGCUUUUUGGGUCUGCUCGUCUUCACGGCGCCUUACUUACCCUGGGUGCUGAUGGGUUUCAGCCUCAUUGUCCAUGGCACCGUGCCGAAGGACGAGAUCUGUGGUGUCGUCGUUGGCCAUGUUUGGUACUUCUUCAAUGACGUCUAUCCAUCUCUGCAUGGAGGACACCGGCCUCUGGAUCCGCCGUUGUGGUGGCGCCGUCUGUUUGAGCGGGUGGAUGCCGGUACAGAUGCGACCAACAUGAACCGUGAGUUUGCGGCCGCAGCUGCCCCGGAGGUGCGAUGA